AAUAAAUGUCAUGCGUCGAAGAAAAGGAAAGGCCCGGCUUUCUUUGGCCUUCUCAACUUCUUCAAACCGACUCUCUCUCUCAUUCGGCCGUCGGCGAUGGAGAUCGAUCGUCCCGCCACGAAUGGAGACGGUGCCGGAGCUGCGGAGGAGAUGGAUCUGGAAAGGCCAUUCCUCCGCCGCAGCUCCUCCGGCAGCCGGAGGAGGAGGACGGCCGGUGAAACCCCGCUGGGCUCUCCAUCUCGCCGCCCGUCCUUCCGGCAAGAAAUGGGCCACGCCGCUGCGGAAACCUACCUCAUUACUCGGCUCACCCUCAUCCUCCUCCGAUACCUCGGGGUUGGUUCUCGGUGGAUUACAAAGUUUCUUGCCCUCGGUUUUUAUGCUCUCUUACUUAUGCCAGGUUUUAUACAAGUCGGAUAUUACUAUUUUUUCUCGAAUCAGGUGCGCAGAAGUGUAAUUUAUGGAGAACAACCAAGAAAUCGCUUGGAUCUGUAUUUGCCUAUUAAUGGCAGCACACCUAAGCCAGUUGUGGCAUUUGUAACUGGUGGGGCCUGGAUCAUUGGCUAUAAAGCAUGGGGUGCUCUGCUAGGGAGACGUUUAGCAGAAAGGGAUGUUAUAGUUGCAUGCAUAGACUACAGAAACUUUCCUCAAGGGACAAUAAGUGAUAUGAUAAAAGAUGCCUCCCAAGGGAUCUCAUUUAUAUGCAACAAUAUUGUUGACUAUGGAGGUGAUCCUAACCGGAUCCAUUUAAUGGGACAAUCAGCUGGUGCACAUAUUGCUGCUUGCGCACUUGUUGAUCAGGCAUUGAGAGAACAUCAAGGAGAAAACACUUCUUGGAGCAUGUCCCAAAUAAAAACUUAUUUUGGUUUGUCUGGGGGGCAAGUAUUUAAAUAUAACUUGUUUGACUUGGUCGAUCAUGUCCAUAGACGUGGCCUGUACCGCAGCAUCUUUCUCAGCAUAAUGGAGGGGGAGCAGUCCUUACAGCGUUUUUCUCCAGAAUUGACUGUACAGGACCAAAGUUUUCACCCAGCUAUUAUUUGCCUGCCUCAGAUUAUCCUUUUCCAUGGAACAGGAGACUAUUCAAUACCCUCUACUGCCAGUGAAAACUUUGCUACUGCCCUCAGGAGUGUUGGUGCUCAAGUUAAAUUAAUCUUGUAUGAAGGCAAGACACACACUGAUUUGUUUUUGCAGGAUCCUCUAAGAGGUGGUAGAGAUGAUCUUCUUGAAGAUGUAGUUGCCGUCAUCCAUGCUGGCGAUGCAGUUGCGCUUGCAAAAGACACUACAGCACCUAAAGCGCGACGCCUGGUUCCUGAGUGGCAAUUGAAGUUGGCUCGUGAAAUAAGUCCCUUUUAAGCAGCGAUGAUGUGAUUUCUAGGUAAUGAUGCAGAUGUUUGCAUUCUCUGAAGCUCUUUCAGCACAUUAAGCACCAAAAUAAUCUUAACACUAGAAUUUGCAGGAGCUUUCAAGUAUAGGAACUAAACUGAAGUGGAACAUCAUUGAUGGCACAUUAAGACUCCAUGGAGAAAGGUAAAGCACGAACUAAGGAUGAAGUUUGGACGAAUUCUUGGGAUGCAUUUUGUGAUGUUGACAUGUGGCGCGAUUGGCAUAAAACUCUAGUCAUAAUGUGAAAUUGUACGUCUGUUGCCUAUUCUCAGACCAAAGUAGAAAUAUCUUCGACAAAUCUUUAAAAAAGUUACUUUGGUCAAGCAGAACAUCAGAAUUCAUUCUGCACAAUUUUACCCUUUGUUUGAACUGGCUGAAUCACAGGCAAGUGUAGUCUGUAUUUUGAAAUACUUUUUUUUUGUUC